UGUACAUUCGCUCAGCUGUUCUGGUCAGAGACGGUCGCAGCUCAUCUGAUUGCACAAAUUUUCGAAGCUUUGGAGUUUAUUUUUAGUACAAGUGCCAUGUCGUUUUGGUAUCAUCCUCGUGGAGUUUUGCUGCGUAAGAGCAUGUUGCUUGGCCUUUGAUUCGGUCGAUACGAAAAAAAACGUUCUGUCGCUGAUUGACAGACUCGCGUUUGCCACUCACCGCGGUUACCAGAAAUUUGACAGUAAUCCGGGAUCGAUACGCGUCGCAAAUUGACGCUUAAUCUUCACCGCAAUAGUUAAACUACGACUAUGAAGAAGACACGUUCAAAUAUUUUUCGUGACAUUUAUUAUCAACCGUACAAUGACUGCACCAGGAUGAAGCUUUACUCCAGCAGUAAAGCAAGCCUUCAAAUGAUACAACGUAUGGCAUUACUAAAGAGAUUAAAAGUUCAUAACGGUUGUGUAAACUCUGUUUGUUGGAAUGCUACUGGAGAACUGAUAUUAUCUGGUAGUGAUGAUCAACACCUUGUUCUUACAAAUGCUUAUAAUUAUGAGGUGUUGACAGACUACAAGACCAGUCAUAGAGCAAAUAUAUUUAGUGCAAAGUUUCUGCCUAAUAGUGGAGAUCACCAGAUAGUUUCAUGUAGUGGUGAUGGCAUUAUUUUGUAUACAGAUUUAAUGAGAAGGACAAACACAUUUCAUAAUCAAUUUAAUUGUCACAGUGGCACUACUUAUGAAAUAGCAACAAUACCUGGUGAACCACAUAAUUUCCUAAGUUGUGGAGAGGAUGGAACAGUGAGAUGGUUUGAUCUUAGGAUAAAAGAUAAGUGCAAUGCCUCAAGAUGCACAGAGGAUAUACUAAUCUCAUGUAAAAGAGCUGUAACAGCUCUGUCUGUGAAUCUUGUUUCACCCCAUCAAAUAGCAAUAGGUUGUUCUGAUAGUACUGUUAGAAUAUUUGAUAGAAGAACACUUGGAACACCAGCCACUGGAUGGACAGAUGCACCUGGAGCAGUGAGGGUAUUAUGCAGUUUCACUGUUCCAGAAUUCGAAGGAAAUUCCUAUAGGAUAACAUCUGUGAAUUACAGUCCAGAUGGACAAGAUGUUCUUGUUAGUUAUAGUAGUGACCACCUUUACCUGUUCAAUGUGAAGGACCAAGCUAGUGUACAGUUAAAAAAAGAAAUCGCGGUUGGAAAGGGAGAGGGUAAGAAACAAAGGUUACGCUCGUCAUUACCAGUACGUAGAUUAAGACUUAGAGGGGACUGGUCUGAUACUGGUCCUGAUGCUCGACCCGAAUGCGAAAGUGGUCGACUUAGCGCUACAGAAAUUGCUCACGCUAGACCCGUUCUUCAUACUUCGUUGAUGCAGAGAAUGACGGAUGUUCUUAGCAGAAUGUUAAAUGACCCAGCCACUAGAGCCGCGUUGUGUGGUGGUGAAGGUAGUUUGGAAGGUGUGAUCGAUCAUCAAGAUAACGCCCAAAAUAGCAACGAAAGUAUCGCGGAAUCUAGCGAGGAAAGAAACAACGAAUCGGAAGGAGCCUCGGCUCAGAUUAAUCAAGAAGCAGCUGUUUCAGAGCAACAAACGGAUAGAACGGACGGUCCGAGUUGCAGCGGCCUGCAAAGUAAACCCGGAACGAGUCGUUCCACGGAAAUGAACGAGGAAACGCAAUGCAAUGAAGCUAUGACUUCGAAUCAAACGACUGACGAGAGUUCGCCGGUUGAAUGCAAAUCACAUGUUCCUAUGGAAACUGAAUCUAGUCAAAUAGAAACACAGACGUGUUCUGUGCAACCGUGUUCAUCGCGUACUAUGGAUAAAACCAGUGAUGCCCCAGAGGACGAUCAGAGUAGUAACGAUGAUUCCCCGUGUAGCAGUAUGGAGAAUAAACAGGAGGGGCACAUGAUGGAAAAUCUUCAAGAUAGACUGACAAAAAUGAGAGUCGGGUUCCUCGAAAAACAUGGUAGUGAACCUGCUGUGAAUUUAACUUAUACGGAUAAAAGCUCUACAAGUGCAACGAUAUCUCUUGGUGUAGCCGAUGAGAUGAUCCGUGAUGGUUAUCAUGCAGGACCUUCUGGAAGUAGUGGAACGUACUCGGGCAGAAAUCAUGACAAACACAUACGAUAUAGUGAUACACAAGAAAAGACUGAUGAAAGCGCUUUUACUGAUAGCGAUGACGAAGAUAUACAGCCUAGAGAAAGAGUAAGAAGUUUUGCCGAUAAAGAAAGGAACGAGGUUAUCGGUAACUCGUGUGCGUGUCGAGGAUCAACGAGCUUCGAUGAAACGUGUGUAACGGAGCUUCGUGUGAAACAGAAAUACAUGGGGCACCGUAAUGCCAGUUUCUUUAGGACCAUGAUCAAAGAGGCAAACUUCUGGGGCAACGAUUUCGUCAUGUCGGGUAGCGAUUGUGGCCAUGUGUUCGUAUGGGAGAAAGACACAGCGAAGCUGUGCAUGCUACUGGAAGCGGAUCAACAUGUUGUAAACUGUUUGCAACCACACCCGUAUCUGCCAUUACUGGUCACUGCCGGAAUAGAUUACGACGUUAAGCUCUGGGCACCGAUAAACGAAGAGUCUACCUUCGAUGAAAAGUUUGCCGAAGAUUUGAAAAAGAGGAACGCAGUCAUGUUGGAAGAGACCAAAGACACAAUGACUGUACCUGCUGUUUUUAUGAUCAGAAUGCUGGCAUGUCUCAAUCAGAUACGCAGAGGACGCGGUCGGAACAGGAGGAGGAGCGGCGAAGAGACCGGCGAAUUACGAAGUGGCUAAGCUGCUUCCGGCGAUACUGUCGUCUGUGAAGAAUCGAGAUUUCAAGCGAACCGCGCGACACCAAUUGGAGCAACCUUUAUCAACGCUUCGCCAACUGAUUAGAGUUCUGAGCUCUAGAGCUGGGGGGAAGGGGGGGGGGCCGAGAACGAAAAAAGAAAAAAAGAAGAAGAAUUCGUAUAUGAUUUACAAUUUACGAUGUGGCAAGAAUGAUUCUCGAUUAAUUGUAAGGAUAUUUAAUCUGAUAAGCUUUCGCGUAUCGUAUUAUUAUCGCGGCUAGAGAUACGUCGAGUUUCUUUUCUUCUUCCACCGUCAUUUUUCUUUCUGUCGCUUCGUUUCUUAUGACUCUAUUUAUACAGCGUGUUUUACUUUCAAAACGUGUGUACAUACCUCUACGUUGUUUUUUAGUGACGUUACUGGAAUUGACGACAAGGUCUGCCUUUAUUCGGAGAGGGAAACAGAAGGUUGAAUAUUUUGGAUAUUUUGUAACGGAUUAGACACAGCGUCGGGUUCGGUUCUGUUAAGUGGAACCAUAACUCUAUUUUCGUAGGAUGCAGGUAAAGUGCACUUAUCGAUCGAUCGUUUGUCACGUUAUUACGAUUUUUGUUUUUAUCGAUUAAUCGAUAGUCUUUCAGAAAUGCACUUUAUUCGUGCCUCGUGAAUCGAGCGAGCCUUAGUAUGUGGAUUUAAUGUAAAUACCAGGGUUCCAUUUGAGAAUCAGAACCUUGACAUUCGGUUUACCUCUCUGACUUGUACGACUUUGUAUCGCCAAAUGAGCAAUAAGCGUAUGGUAUACGUUCGAUUUUACGUUUUGUGUAUAUUAUUUUUAACGUCGACGAAUUCGAUAGAACGUAUUAUCGGGAAAAAAAGAAUCAAGGACUUCUCUAAUUUGCUAAUUUUAACUUCUUUUUCUUUUUCGAUCGUUUUGUCUUGUUACUUUUCUGUGUGACGAAAUAACGAAGCUUAACGAAGAUUAACUGAUUAUUAUUAUACUUUUGAGGUAACUUAUUCACCGUUAGAGAACGUAGCAAUCACCGCUAAGUUUUGUAGAUUCGUUCGUUCAGUUUUGACGCAAACGUAGAGACACGCUUGUGACGUACGUACGCUUGCAAAAUGAAUGGACGAAAGAACACGAUACCUGGUUCUUCUUACGGAAUCUAGGCA